CUAGAACCUUCCAACAUCCUCCCCCAAUUGGCUCCUGCAACACUGCUAAGAGUUCCAUUUGGCUUAUUUCAAAAGAAUUUAGGGUGUGGCUCAAUUAUCCUUCAAAUUGCCGGUAAUAGAAAACGACUUUCAUUCAGCUGCAGCUGAGGCCUCAACCAAUAAGGUUGCCCUAGAUGCACCUGUUUCUGAUGUGAUACUGGUGGAUACGGCACUGGAGACCCAACAGGACCUCACUGUGGCUGUGAACCCUAGUCCAGGUCAGCCAUUUCCCCCGACUCUCAAAAAGAAACCAUGAAGAAAACGCAGGUGGCAUCCAAAGCACCCAGAACACCCAAAGCACCCACUGCACCCGCUGCACCCGCUGCACCCGCUGCACCCGGUUCACCCAGGAAACCCAGUGCACCCAGUAAACCCAGUAAACCAAGUAAACCAAGUGCACCCAAUGAACCCAGUGAACCCAGUGAACUCAGUACACCCAUUGCACCCAUUGCACCCAUUGCAGCAACCAGUCAUGAGGAUGUCCCAAUGAGGCUUAUUUGGAUUUCAAUGGCUGCCUGCUUAAUUACUGUACAAUAUGGAUACAAUAUGUGGUUACUCUAUACCCCUUUUGUGCUCCUGCAUGACUUGUUCAACAUAACAACCUAUGAAGAGAUGGAAGAUCCAGGUUCUCAGAUGUACAUUGUGGCUAUCACCCUUGCUUUAUUUCCACUUGGAGCCAUUUUUGGGUCCAUUCCUGUUGGUUAUCUGGCCAAUAGAUUUGGCAGGAAAGGUGCUGUGAAGAUAACGACCUUUUUGAGUCUGAUCCCUCCUGUCCUAUUGGCUGUUGGUAAUAAAGUAAAUGUCUAUGAAUUCACAAUUGCUGUACGUUUCUACACUGGGGUAUGCACAGGACUAAUCUCCGUUGUUGUUCCUCUGUAUCUUGGAGAAAUCGCCCCUGGAAGCAUGAGGGCAGCUAUCGUCAUGAUGUCCCAGCUAUUUUAUUCUUUGGGCCUCUUUAUGGGUCAGCUAAUUGUUGCUAAAGACAACUUUAAAAUGCGAGGAGGUUACGUGAUUGUGAUGGGCAUUUCUGGGGUCAUGCCAAUUUUUCAGAUCAUACUACUACCCUUCUUUCCUGAAAGUCCGAGGUAUCUGCUCAUUCAGAGGAAGAAUGCAGAGAGUGCAAGAGAAGAACUGAAGGUGCUGAGAGGCAAGGAUGAUGUGGAGAAUGAAAUGAAUGAACUCCGUCAGGAGGACCUCUUUGAGAAAGCAGAAAAGAACAUGACUGCUGCUAAACUGCUAUCAUCCCCAAACCUGAGAUUUCAGGUCAUCACCAUAGUUGUCUUGACAGGUGGUGCACAGCUUGACGGCAUUGGUGCGGUGCACUAUUAUGUAGAUAUAAUCUGCAUGGCUGCAGGGGCAGAUGAGAAGAUGUUGCAGUGGCUUCGUAUGGUCACAAUUAUUAUUGGCUUAAUUUCACUCUUGAUCGCGAUGUAUCUCGCUGAUUCUAAGGGACAUAGGUAUCUGCUUCUGACAGGCUUUUUGAUGUGUAGCAUCGUCUGUGUUCUGUUAACCAUGGCCCUGGAAAUGCAGGUCACCAUCGACGAGAUGGCGUAUGUCAACAUACUUUUAGUCCAAGUAUUUGUCAUAGCACACUCCGUUGGACCAGGUCCACUUCCAAAUGUAAUUGUGGUGGCAAUGUUCCUUCAGUCGUCACGGGCCUCAGCCUUUGUGAUUGCAGGAUUUGUGCAGUGGUUCACACACUUUCUUAUGAUGAUGGUGUUCCUUCAAAUUGUGACAAAAAUCGGGACCUACAGCUUCCUUAUGUUCUUGCCUUUCUGUGGAGGCCUGUUUAUUUAUAUCUUCAAGAAUUUCCCAGAAACCAAGAAUAGGACCUUUGUGGAUAUUAGAAGAAUCAUAGCACUCCAGAAACUUAGGAAGACCAAACUUAAGAAACCGACAGAAAAGUAGAAACUUGGGAAGCAACCAAUGCAGUUUAUUUAUUAAAUUCUUUUUUAAAAUAAUAACAAUAAUAAUUCAAGA